AUGUCCGAUAGAGAAGCAUUAAAGAUAUUUUCCAGACAACCUGUUAAUAAUGAUAUGAUUAAUUAUUUGGUUUCAACUACAAGUGCUAUAAUUCAAAUUAAACCAUCUAAAAAUCAAGUUACUAAUAAUAUAAGACCACUUGGUAAGAAUAAUAUUAGUUUAUUAAGUUUCAUAAAGAAUUUAAUUAGAUAUUCUAAUGUUCAAACUCCAACUUUAAUGGCUACAUUAAUUUAUCUUAACAAAUUAAGAAAUUUAUUACCUGCUAACGCUAUUGGUAUGGAAACUACAAGACACAGAAUUUUUUUAUCGGCAUUAAUUUUAAGUGCUAAAUCAUUAAAUGAUUCAUCUCCAUUAAAUAAACAUUGGACUAAAUAUACUGAUGGUUUAUUAAAUAUUGAUGAAGUUAAUAUGGCCGAAAGAGAAUUAAUCAAUUUAUUAAAUUGGAAUGUUAAUAUUUAUGAAGAAGAUUUAAUAAUUGCCUUACAACCUUUCUUAAUACCAAUUAAAUCCAAAUUAUCAAAGAAAUUAUCAAUUGAAAAUAAUAAGAAGAUUAAUUACUAUAGAAAUAGUGUGGCUAAUUUAUCAAAUUAUUCAUUACAAUCAAAUAGUUCAUCAACAUCUUCAAAUUAUUCAAAUUUAUCAUUAAAUUCAAAUUAUAUUUAUACCCAACCAAAUAAAAGAAGUUAUUCAAAUAGUUCCAUUAGUUCAAUUAGUUCACCAAAUUCUUUAAGAUCAUCAAAUUCAAAUAAUUCUAUAAGUUCAAAUUCUACUAAUAAUUCAGAUUAUAAACUUCCAAUCAAUAUAACUUAUAAAAAAAAUUUACUACAUAAAUUAUCAGCUUGA